AUGCCACAUGUUGACCCUUUUAAGGAGCCUUCACCCAAGGCUCAAAUCCCUAGUCCGGUUGCAUUAGAUGAGCAUCAGCAAUCAAAAUAUAAUGCUGUCUUGAAGCAUUUCGUCGAAUUGAAAGAAUUACCUACUGGUGAGAAACACACUAGCACCACUGCUUUAAUCAGCGAUGCCGAGAAAUCCUGGCUGACCAAAGAAUGUUUUCUCCGUUACCUCCGGGCUACAAAAUGGAAUGUUGACCAUUGUAUUAAGAGAAUUGAAGGUACUCUAGUUUGGAGACGCAGUUUCGGAGUUGACCCUGAUUCUUCUCUCACUCCUGAAUUGGUUGCUCCAGAAAAUGAAACCGGUAAGGAGGUCAUCUUGGGCUUUGAUAACGAUUCUAGACCGUGUUUAUACUUGAAGCCUGGUCGUCAAAAUACCAAGGCUUCUCACCGUCAAGUCCAACACCUGGUAUUUAUGCUUGAACGUGUUAUUGAUUUUAUGCCCUCAGGACAGGAUCAACUUGCGUUAUUGAUUGAUUUCAAGCCAACCAAAGUGGGUAUUAACUCUAAGCUACCAUCAAUUUCUACUGGCAGAGAAGUCCUCUCAAUUCUGCAAGACCAUUAUCCUGAACGUCUUGGUAAGGCUUUGUUGACGAACAUUCCCUGGCUUGGCUGGACUUUCCUCAAGAUCAUUCACCCAUUUAUCGAUCCUCUUACUCGUGAGAAGCUUGUGUACCAGGAGCCAUUCCCUAAUUAUGUCCCUAUUGAGCAGCUUGAUAGUGAUUUUGGGGGUGACGUGAAAUUCGAUUAUGUUCAUGAUGAAUACUGGCCUGUCAUGACGAAGAUUGCCGCUGCUCGUCGUGCCAAUUACAUGAAAAACUUCAAACUACUUGGUUCAACUGUUGGUUUGAGUGAAGUUGAUCUUCGUUCUGAUAACAACUUCAGUGGGACCGGUACCUCUUCAACAACUGCUGUUUCUGUCCCCACUCGACCUGCGGCUACACAAUCUUCAUCUUCAGACAGCUCUGCUGCCUCUUCUAUUGUCAAUACAAAGACACCGACUAUUGCUGAAAAAUUAGAGUCAUUACAAAUUGCCGAAGAGCCGGCUACUACUAAAACUACUUCUUAA